GACAAGGAUAUUUAAUACUGUAACAUAGUAACACAACGGGUAAAGUUGUGGAAGUAAGGGAAGGAAUUCGUACACAGAAAGGUAUUGAAUUAACGGGCUUGGUUGAAGCCUGAGAAAGGGCGGAGACGUGCUUCUUGAUGGCUGUCUAACUUUGAGCACUAUGAAACAGGAAAACUAGCAGACAUUAGGGAAAGUUAAAAAAAAUAUAUAAAAAAAAGACAUUAAAAAACCUUAUUGCUAUUCGGUGCCUGUCUGUUGCUUCUCUACUGAAUAUGGCAGGGACACGUACAAGAAGAGUGGCUGGUUCGGAACAGUCCCGAACUGCGAGGGCAGCUGCUCUUGCUGAGGAGUUGCACCAUGAAUGCACUCUCUUAUUGGAACUUUAUAGAAAAAAGGAGACGUUCGCAGAGGAACUCACCGUCGGCGUGGAGCGCCUGGUGACCGUGCCGCCGCUCUCCUCCCAGCUCUCGCCGAAUGACAGGUUGUGGCGCCUUUACUCCGCUCUGCAACAGUGCCGGAACCUCAUGGAGCGUGCCAUUGGCCUGGAAGAGGGGGUGGGAAACGGCGGGGACAGGACCGAAUACGAAAGCCAGAGGAAAAUAGUGAGGGACCGGCUGGGGCACCUGCUAGCGAGCACACAGCUCCUCCUGGAGGACGGAGCUGGAACUGCAGCCUUCACUCCUGAUCCGAAGAAUACUGAGACAGCUAGUCCGGUGAACGGCAGCCCGUUUGCGCUAAAGCUCUGGAUCUACCGCAUCUUCAGCGAGCUGGAGCACUGGACGCUCACCACCUCCAGGACCCUGAAGGCCCUGCACCCCGAUGGAGCCACCCCCAAGGAGAGCAGAACGAGGGGGAGGCCAAGAGGGAGGAGGACCCGGAGAUGAGAUAGUAGAGAUUGGAAAGAGUAGCCUGUGAGUGAGGAAUGAGAGAGAGGGAGAGAGAGAGGUAGCAGCGCUGAUGUGGAAGAAGAAAGAGUGAAGGCAUGCAGGAGUCUGAAAGUCUGAGAGAGAGAUGGAAACAAGAGGAGAAGGAAAAGAGUGACAACAGCCAGUAUAAAGAUUCUGUGAAAAGAGGGAGAGGAGUAUAUGUUAAUAAAUAAAUAUAUACAGUGGUGACAAGGACAUAAGAGAAAGCAUGAGAAAGUAUAUUACUACAUACUGUACAACCAAUGUGUGACAUAACAGUGUUGAUUUUGAAGCAAUUUUGGUCAUUCAAGGCAUACUUUUCUAACAAGGGCCCUGCACCGUGGCUCCGCUUGCUGCUAACAGACAUAGGACACUGGGUGGCACGUAGCCUAGCGGUUAGAACGUUAGGCUAGUAACUAGCUAAAAAUGUGUCAAUAACAAACAAAAAAAUCGCUGUAGUUCCACACAGUUUGAUGCAGUAUAAAUCAAAUAAAGUUAUUACAGAAGAAGUUCGCUGUUUUACACCUGGUAUCAAGAUGUGUUCUCUGCCUGGUUUUACAGCCUACAGUCAAUAUAUUCAACCAUGGCCUUCCUUUGGCCUACUCCAGACAUACAAGGACCAGUAUUUCAGAGCAUUUCAUUUAGUCUCCUCCCACUGGGCACACACUAGUUGAAUCAACGCUGUCUUCACGUCAUUUCAAUGAAAUUACGUUGAACCAACGUGGAAUAGGCGUCGAACUGACGUCUGUGGCUGUUCUCUCUUCAUGCUAACUGAAAGGCAAUAUUCAUAUGUCAUGUGGUCAUUAAUAUAAGCAUGAUCUUGAUUGUAA